UGCCUUGGAACGCCCCUCCGACUAGACCAAACCCCGCUCUCUUCUCUGUCUUCAGGCGUAGGAACCUGUUGGUAGCCAACUUGCAUCAUCAAUCAUCCGAAGGAAUCGUGCACCUCAUCAGCAAGCAAUUGGUCGUUGCAAUGGCAAUUCGUUCCCUGCGUUACAUGGUGCCGAGCAUCGUCGGGCAGCAAAACAAUGUAAACAACAAUAUCUCGAGAUGCAUCUCGUCCCAGCGUCUGCUGUACGCGGGCGCCAGCUGGCCUCGCACCACCAGUGUCCGCGACUUCAGUGUUCUACAGUGUAAGAGUCCACAGAAGCGUGGCGAAUCGAUUGGAUUGCGACCAGAACGGAAUCUCUGUGGUCCAAAGGUGAGCACGAUGGUGAACGUGCGUACGCUGGCCGUGCAAGAAAUAUGCCGCAGCAUUCAGAUGUUCAGCGAGAAAACGAACCGUCCCUUGGUGAAGGAUCCGGAAACGUUGCGAUUGAAGGAGCAACCGCAAAAACCGGCGGUUCUGAUUAUUUCGUGGCUGAAUGCACGCCAAAAACAUCUGCUUAAGUACGCCAAGCUGUAUGCCGACCAGGGUUUCGAUGUGUUUGCCACGCAGAUUACACCGUGGCAACUGCUGUGGCCAGUCAAGGGAACGCAGCUAGUUGCGGCUGAUAUUGUGAAGUUCUUGAAGAACAACGAUUUUACUAAUGGCCUCAUUCUGCACGGCUUCUCCGUCGGAGGAUACCUGUGGGGUGAAUGUCUCGUGCAUAUAGCACGUGAUUUGGCCAACUAUCAGGUGGUGCUGGAUCGUGUCAAGGGUCAGAUUUGGGAUAGUGCCGCCGACAUUACGGAAAUAUCGGUCGGCGUACCGACCGCUCUCUUUCCCAGGAACCCAACUCUGCAGAAUGCUUUGCGAAAGUAUAUGAUUUACCACUUGAAGACCUUCCACGAGCCGGCCACUUCACAUUACAUUCGCUCGAGCCAGAUGUUCCACACCAAUCUGUUGCGCUGCCCGGCAUUGUUUCUGGUGUCGAAGACCGAUCCUGUGGGAACCGUCGAGGCUAACACGCGCGUGAAGGACAGUUGGGUACAAAGCGGCGUUAAGGCCACUUUUCACGUUUGGGACCGCUCGCCACAUGUUAGCCACUUUAUGAAGCACCGUGACGAGUACAUCGAUCUGCUAUUCAAUCAUUUGCGACAGCUAAACCUCCCCGCCAUAAAGCAGGAUGCACUGUUGCGAGCCAAGCUGUGAGGCCAACUGUGAUACUUACAACGAUGCUCUCGACACCGCCGACCGAUCAACGCCGCAGUCUGUAAGUCACGGAACAAAGCAACCGAUGCUAUACAAAAUUAACAAACGACACAAGCUACCAGCGCCAGUUCGCUUUUGCUGUGGUCGAUUCCGUUUAGAUAUCUGUGCAUUGUGAAUGAUUUUUCUAUCAUUUUGUUUUUUUAAUGCAUUAAAUAUCUUUGACACGGUUGUUAGAAUUUCCGAUCUUCUGUCGCAGGGAAGUCUUGACCCCUUUUCUUACUUUCCACGUAACUUGCUGCCCUUCUAUCUCCCAUGUAUGACCCACAUAUACGGGGUUCGGUUUAGAUUAAGUUUUAGCACAUCAUUUCACCGUAAGAAAUUCUCACAGUACCAUUACGUUUGCAUUAUGAUAAUCCAAAUAAAGCUAUGGACUUUAAGG